GUUUCUAUAGUCAAAUAAUAACGUUAAAAAGUAAGCUUAUGAAUAGGAAUCUUAACAGCAACGGAUCUUGAAAAUAACACAUGUAUAGAAGACUUGGUAAUGUUUUAAAGUUUGUAUUCAAAUAAUCAAAAUCUGGACAAACAUGAGUGGAGUUCAUAGGAAAGUUUCCCGAAGUUUGGCUGACGCUUCUGCUGCAAUUAGUCCCGGUACGGGUUCUCAUGCACACUUCAAACAGCCCGAGAAUGAACUCAAGCAGAAACUCGACGCUUUGGAUACCUCCUUCAAAAUAUCCAACAAAAAGAUAAGUAGUGAAACUCGAGAGCUAAGGCAAAUUUUAUUCGACCUUCAGAGAGACCUCAGAGCCUCAAAAUCUGCCAAUCAAUAUGUCCCUUCGUCGUUUGAAGAACAAGGACAGGCGAAACGACAAAGACGUAUAACUGUUGCUUUGGGAAACCGCGAGCUAAGUCCUCGGGAUGACGACACCAUCAAGUCGUCCUCGCCCGAGACAAUGGAAGGCCUGCAAUCGAAAGGAUCCAAAGCAACUCCAACCAAACGACAGAGGAAGGUAAGUGGAGCCUCUCCACGCCAACCUAAAAUUCUGGUCCAAGAAGAAGACGUCCUCAAAAGUGAAAACAUAGGAGGACGAUUGAUAAACGAAAAAGAAACAGAUUUAGGAACAGAAGGAGUAAUGGUGACUGUUGAACCAAAUGAAGGCUUGACUAAUGCUGAAAAUUGUAUGUCAUUAAAACAAGAGGUUCAACAAACACAAGCAAACAAACAGCACGGUGAAGCUUAUGACGGUGAAAGCGAGAUUUUUAGUCGAGCAGAGCGUAUUCCAAUGAACCUAACUCUAGACCCUAAAGCCUCUGAGUCUAAAAAAGAGUCAAACAUCACAGAUGAUAGUCAAGGAAGAGUGAGAAAAACAUCCCAUUCCGGAGUGUUUUCUUAUUCCAGUUCAAGUUCCGAUACAAAAACAUUUGAUCGACUCAAGCCCAGUCCGACCGGUUCGACUUAUGGUCUAACAUACUCCAAGCACUUCAAUGAAGAACGUAAAAGAUCGUUGUCUGAUAGCGAUGCUAGCUAUCGCGAUACUUUCAAAGGACGAUUCAUGACGCAAUCUCUUCCUGAAAAACUCAAAGAUCAAUGCCGCAUUGACCUGCGUCCACAGGAAUCCCAGAAAAGAACUCGACGCGUCACAGUAUCAGGUCCUCCUCCCAUGGGAGCAAGACGUCUGAUUGACAUUGCAGACAUUCCUGUUACCCCUUUUCAUCCAGGGCCAAUUCGAAAGAAAAGCACAGGGAGGGGUCCCACCGGAGGUUUGCCUAAAAGAAGAGGAACAGAAAAGGAAGAUUCAAGUGCUGAAGUGUUUGAUGAUAAUGAGAUAACGAGAGACAAAUACAAUUUGACUGUUGGGCGAUCACAGGAGGCAAAACAACGAAGGUACUCGUCAGUCUACAAACCGACGUCUUCGUCCCUUCCCCCCUUAAAAGAGGAAACACACAAUGCCGCCAGACAAGCAGAGGCAGCUAAACAAUGGGAAAACCUAGAUCAGUGUCGAUACCUACGCAAAGGAAAUGAAGUACUUUCAAUUGAAGAUAUAUUUCGAAAAGAUUAAAACAUAUAGGAUAUAUCAGGCUAUAUGAUGGCAAAUUAUGUACGUUUUAGGCCUGUGUAUUAUUUGUAUGUACACAUAAUUACAGAUAAGUUGUCCAAGAAAGAAAUUUUGCUAUUUAGGAAUCAUUUGAAAUACAAACGAAAAUGGUUCUUCUUUGUCUUUUAAUGUAUUCCUAAAUCUCUAAAUUUCGUGACGUGUAGCAACGUAUAUUCAAGUCGGUCCACUAGAAUCUUUUAAAAUUCUUUUUAUCAUAGCCUUACGUUAUACGGCAUACCUAUCAUUUAUUUCCUUCGUCGAUAAUUAUAUUAAAACAACUUUUAUUGGACA